ACAUAUAACUGUUGAAAGAUGAUGUUCUGUAUUUUACAUAGGAUUUAUGAGCCUUUUAAGGGAAAUUAUACACAAUGUUUACCUUCCACACCAACUUCAGAAGGGGGCUGGGAGAUCUGAGAAGAUUUCAUAAAACAGGAAGCAUUUGAGGAAGGAUUCGAAGGAUGGGUAGGACUUCAAGGGUAGAGACGGAAAGGAGGUUAUUCCAGGCUAAAGAGUGGAAUGAUGUAGAAUUAUUCUAAAAUAGAAGGAAGACUUAAGAAGCUACAAGCCAUCCUGAAGAGGAGCCACCAAAUAUGCUUAUCUUAGGUAGCCAGGAGAAAUGACUAGCUGGGAAACUAGAGGUGGAGUUGGGGGGAAGGGAAGAAAAAACAAACUUCCUCUUUUUCACAGAAGCCUCUGAAGUUCAGAUGACUUAUUCCGUCAAGACUCCAGUUUACUUUUUUCAGGAAGUUACAAAGGCGGGCCCAGGGGUUAAAACUAAAAGGGAGAAGAACUUUUUCCUGUUCUUUGGGGCUUAGAACUGAAGAUAUAAAUGACAGAAGUCUCCUUUCUUAGCAAAUGUAUUGUUUAUUUGCAUUGCUCUUUUUGGUGGUUGGUCAGAAAACAACUGAAUUUCCCUUAGGAAGAUCUGUCUGAAUGAUACAACUUUAUACAGAGAGAGAGGAAAAAAUAGGUCCUUCACAAGAAAGCCCAAGAUGGACAAUUCCACUUUGCCAGAUGACUAUGAUGUUUACAUAGAAGACGACUUUACUCAUGACCUGACAGAAGAAUGUCAUAAAUAUGAUGAUAAAGUCUUUGCAGCACAAUUUCUGCCAACAUUUUAUUCCUUGAUGUUUAUACUUGGGCUGGUAGGCAAUGCCUUCCUUGUGCUAAUCCUGGUUAAAUAUAAAGGACUCAAAGUGGUGGUGAACAUCUAUUUCCUAAAUAUAGCCAUUUCUAAUUUCCUUUUCUUAGUCACCUUCCCUUUCUCAAUUCACACUGCAAUACACAGCUGGGACCUUGGAGGUGCAAUGUGUAAAAUAAUUUCUGGGUUUUACUCAGUAGGCUACUAUGGGUACACAUGUUUCCUGCUACUCUUGAUAAUACAUCGGUACCUGGCAAUUGUCCACACGGGAAGAUUUCACUUAGCUACCAAGAAGACCACCUAUGGCAUCAUUAUAAGCUCAUGGGGAACAGCCAUGCUGGUCACUCUACCAGAACUUGUGCUUUCCCAAGUUCAGAUGGAAGACAAAGAUUACAUCUGCUACUUUGUUCAGACCUAUCAAUAUCCUCCAGGAGAUGAGAAGUUCUGGAAGUAUUUUCUGACUUUAAAGAUGAACAUUUUAGGAAUUCUCAUCCCACUAUUUGUUUUUGUCUUUUGCUUUGGGGGAAUUAAGAAAACAUCUAGAUAUAAGGGGAGAAAGCAUGAACUUCUUAGACUUAUCUUUGUCAUAACACUUGUUUUUAUUGGGUUGUGGACACCUUAUAAUCUAGUGCUUUUCCUUAAGACUUUUCAAGAGCACAUGAACCUGAGUGAUUGUAACAGCAAUUAUCACCUGGACAAAGCAAUCCAAGUCACCAAAAUCAUUGCAAACAUUCAUUGCUUUAUUAGUCCCAUAGUCUAUGGGUUUCUAGAUGAGACAUUUCGGAAACAACUCUGUUACUUUUUCCAGCCCAGAAAUAAAACUGAAAAUCAUUCCAGUGAGGGAUCAGAACAAUCACCUACAACAAAUGGAUCAUCAUGCCAAUCCACUCAUUUUUAAACUGUAUUCGAUGUAGGUUGAAAAAAUUUUCCCUUGAUUUCAUUUAUUUACUUGGCUUUGGGUAAUUAAUUUUAUGUAGCUCUCUAUCAUGUAUUUAUUCAUAUAUGUAUAAGACAUGAAUGUAUGCUUACAAACUAAAUGUAUGUAUUAUGUACAAUACUUGUCAUAUCUAACCAAUUAAAUUAUAAGUUCCUUAAAGAUGGGGGUGGACUCUGACCCUAUUUAUUAUUCUGAAAAUCCUCUCAAGGGGCUCCACUCCAAGCGCUGGAACCUUUCUGUAUUCCUGAUACUACAUGGAAACCAGUGGAGCAAAUAGGUUGCCCAUUGUCUUGCUCUUACCUCAUGAGCACCUUUUUCAGUUAUACUCUUCUUUUAUUCUUCUCUGAUGUAGUUAUCAGUUGGUGGUGUAUUGCUGCCAAUCCAUGCCUUCUCUCAGCUACUCGGUUGCCUUAUGGGUGACUCAAAAUUUUAAUUCUUCAAGGAUUGAGUAUAGUAUAGUGGAAAGAGUGGCGGACUUAGAGUGAGGAAGACCUGGAUUCAAAUCCAUACUUUAACAAUUACUGGCUGUAUAAUCCCCAGAAAACCAAUUAUUUCUUUUCAGUUUCCUCAAAUGUAAAAUGAAGCUAAUAGUUCUAUACUUCACAGAGUUAUUAAGAGGUUUAGUUGGGAUAAUGGAUUAACUUCUUUUAUGAACCUUAAAUUGAUAUGGAAAUGUCAGUUAUUUUGCUGUAUUGCAUUGCCAGAAGAAUAUUCUUGUAAAAUGGAUAACUUUUGUUUGGGGUCAUUAAAAAAUAUUGUGUCAUUUCUAUAA